AUGCUGUGGAUAAAAGAGCCUCUCAGUAGACUUAAAUGGGGUUUCAUCCCUGUCAGGAGAAUUGUGGAUGAAGAUCUCUCUGAAGAGGAAAUUGCGGCCAGGGAUGCGCCAGAAGAUCUUCAAGAGGGUGCCAAAAAGGAAGACGAAGAGGAGAAUCAGCCACUUUUGGAAUACCGCGAUGAGGCACACCGUCCUUGGUACAAGUUUUUCGAUGAGUACGAAUACAGACUCAACUCCCAUAACCGCAAGACUCACAAGUGGUACAAAUGGUUUGACGAGAAUGAUACUCCAGCAGAGCGCAAGUUGAUGUGGAAGAUCGACAUCUUAUUGACUUUCUACGCCUUUAUGGCUUAUUGGGUUAAAUAUUUGGACCAGACUAAUUUGAAUAAUGCCUAUGUUGCAGGCCUCAAAACUGAUAUUGGAAUGAAAGGCAAUGACUUGGUGAACACGCAGGUUCUUUUCAGUGUUGGUAACAUUGUCUUCCAGAUCCCUUUUAUGUACGUUUUGUACGGAUUGCCAUUGAAUUACGUUUUGCCGAUUUUGGAUCUUUGUUGGUCUCUCUUGACAAUUGGUGCUUCUAGAGUCCACAGUCUUCAUCAAUUGAAGGUCAUCCGUUUUUUCAUCGGAGCUUUUGAAGCACCUUCGUAUUUGGCAUAUCAAUAUUUGUUCGGUUCAUUUAUUUUCAACCCAGCAAUGAUUGCCAGAAGAUCCAUGUUCUAUUACUUCGGGCAGUACCUUGGAACUUUGACCUCGGGUUUGCUUUCUGGUGCCGUUGUCAGAAGAUUUGAAGGUGUUGGAGGAAUGGCUGCAUGGAGAUGGAUUUUUAUUAUCGAUGGCAUUAUCUCAGUUGUAGUUGGAAUCAUUGGUUUCUAUAUGCUUCCAGGAACUCCAACCGAUUGUUACUCCAUUUGGUUGACUGAUGAUGAGAUCAGAUUGUUGCGUAAAAAAUUGAGACAGAAUAAUACUGCUGGUAGAACACAGGUCGAUGUAUUAAAAUCUCUUUUUUCUUGGGCAACUUGGAAGCAGAUCAUUUUCUCCUGGGAAAUUUACGUUUUGUCUUUCUGGAACUUGCUCUGUUGGAACAACAGUAACGCAUCUUCUGGUUCCUACAUCUUGUGGCUUAAAUCUCUUAACAGAUACGGUGCUGGGAAGCUUCAAGAUUAUAGUGCUUUGACUCCAGGACUUGGUUUGUUGUGGUUGUUCGUCACAUGUAUGUAUGCUGACUUGUUCCACCUGAGAUGGCUGGCUAUCUGGCUCUCUCAAGUUUUCAACAUCGCAUGUAAUGUCAUUUUGGCUGUCUGGUACGUUCCCGAGAGACUUAAAUGGUUUGCUUGGUGUUUACAAUACUUCGGUUGGGCCAUGGCACCAGUGUUGUAUUCUUGGCAAAACGAUAUUUGUCGUAGAGAUGCCCAGAAGAGAGCUGUCAUUUUGGUGUUCAUGAACAUGUUGGCUCAGGCCUCGACUGCAUGGAUGUCUGUCAUUGUAUGGAAGACUGUUGAGGCACCACGUUUCUUGAAGGGUUUUUCAUGGACCGCAUCCUGUGCAUUUGCAUUGUGCGUCUGGACUCUUGUCGUUUUGUGGUUCUACAAGAGACAGGAAAGAAGCUAUGCUAGAGAAAACGGAAUUGUGUUGUACAAUUCUAAGACUGAUCCUGAACCAAUUGAUGUUCAGCGGGUUGAAGUUUCGGACGGAAAGGAAUCAUCAAACAACUCCUUGUAA